AUGUCUGUCACACGGUCACUACUGUCACACUCCCACAACUGUCACACGGUCACUACUGUCACACCCCCCACAACUGUCACACGGUCACUACUGUCACACCCCCACAACUGUCACACGGUCACUACUGUCCCACCCCCACAGCUGUCACACGGUCACUACUGUCACCCCACAACUGUCACACGGUCACUGCUGUCACACACCCACACAACUGUCCACACGGUCACUACUGUCCACCCCACAACUGUCACACCCCCACAACUGUCAGGGUCACUACUGUCACACCCCCACAACUGUCACACGGUCACUACUGUCACACCCCACAACUGUAUGCACACAGCUGUCACACAGUCUGCUGUCACACCCCACAACUGUCACACCGCCACAACUGUCACACGGUCUUUCUGUCACACAGCUGUCACACGGUCACUACUGUCAUGCCUGGCCUCACCCCACAGCUGUCACACGGUGCUGCUGUCACCCCACAACUGUCACACCCCCACAGCUGCUCCCGCACCGUCACUUCUGUCCUGCAUACAGCUGUCACACAACUUUAACAUAGCAUAUGUCUGUCCACUUGGUCUAGCUAUCACACCGCUAUCUGUCACACACGGUCACCUGUCACACGGUCACUAUUGUCACACCACCACAACCGUCACACCGCCACAACCGUCACACAUGCAACCCAAGUCACACCAAGCCUGGCCGUCCACACUGCUGGCCGUCACAGCGCCGCAGCUCAUCGCACCGCCACAGCCGUCUGGCCGUUUGCACACCGCCACAACCGUCACACCGCCACAACUAUCACACCGUCACAACCGUCACACCGCCACAACCGUCACACCGUCACAAAUGUUAUACCACAACUAG